UGGAGGAGCACGCGGGAAAGUGCGCGUGCGCGCUCGAGCUAUAGUCGCAACCGUUGUGCCGGCCGUUGAGCGACUUCCGCUUUGAGGCGCGAGCCGGCGAAAGGCUCUGAGGGAGAGAGAGAAAGGGGAAAGCGGCGCGCCCAUUCGUGCGUCGUCUCUGCUGCAGCGCCUCCUCCUCCUGAAGUGAACCCUCCCGCUGCUCGGUUUCCUUCUUUUUCCUUCCUCGAAUCCUCGGGGACGGCCGCCUUCGCCACCUUCUCGUCCUCCUUAGGCGCUCGCUUGGCCCCGGGGCUUCUCCUCCUCCUCCGGGGACCCCUCUCACCAUCCCGGGCCAUGGGGCUCCUGUCGCAGGGCUCCCCUCUGAGCUGGGAGAAAACCCAGCGGCACGCCGACCACGUCCGCAAGCACGGCAUCCUCCAAUUCCUCCACAUCUACCGCGCCGUCGGCGAGCGGCACAAGGACGUGCUCAAGUGGGGCGACGAGGUGGAAUACAUGUUGGUAGUCUUUGACCAUCAAAAUAAGAGAGCGCAGCUGUCCUUAACAGGAGAAGAUGUUCUUCAUACUCUGCAAGAAAAGGGUGAAAGGGUAAACCCCAACCAUCCAACGCUUUGGAGACCAGAGUAUGGAAGCUACAUGAUAGAAGGGACACCUGGGCAGCCCUAUGGAGGAACAAUGUCUGAAUUUAAUACUGUGCAGGACAACAUGAGGAAACGACGUCAAGAAGCUGCUUCUGUACUGAAACAAAAUCAAGCUGUUUGCACUGUCACAUCCUUUCCAAGAUUAGGUUGUCCAGGAUUUACGAUACCAAAGUAUGACCCAACGCCUGUUGAGACAGGAGCUUCCAAAUCACUGUUUUUUCCAGAUGAAGCUAUCAACAAACACCCCAGAUUUAGUACCUUAACAAGAAACAUACGCCACAGAAGGGGAGAGAAAGUGGUGAUAAACGUACCAAUAUUUAAGGAUAAGAAUACUCCAUCGCCAUUUGUAGAAACAUUCCCUCACGAUGAUGGUGAAGCAGCAAGAGCAACCAAGCCUGAUCAUGUAUAUAUGGAUGCCAUGGGGUUUGGAAUGGGCAAUUGUUGUCUUCAGGUAACAUUCCAGGCUUGCAGUAUUUCUGAAGCAAGAUAUCUUUAUGAUCAGUUAGCCACCAUCUGCCCCAUUGUGAUGGCUUUAAGUGCUGCAGCUCCAUUCUAUCGAGGGUACGUGACAGACAUUGAUUGCCGUUGGGGAGUAAUAUCUGCAUCAGUAGAUGACAGAACAAGGGAAGAGAGAGGAUUAGAGCCAUUGAAGAACAACCGUUACAGAAUCAAUAAAUCCAGAUACGAUUCCAUAGACAGUUAUCUCUCUGAAUGCGGUGAAAAGUACAAUGACAUAGAUUUGACAGUAGAUAAGGAAAUCUAUGACCAUCUAGUAAAGGAAGGCAUUGACCAUCUUCUUGCACAACAUAUUGCUCACUUAUUUAUUCGUGACCCACUGACACUGUUUGAAGAGAAAAUACAUCUGGAUGAUGCAAAUGAGUCUGACCAUUUUGAGAAUAUUCAGUCAACAAACUGGCAAACCAUGAGAUUUAAACCUCCUCCUCCAAAUUCAGAUAUUGGAUGGAGAGUUGAGUUCAGACCAAUGGAGGUCCAAUUAACAGACUUUGAGAAUUCUGCGUACGUUGUUUUUGUGGUGCUGCUAACCCGCGUUAUUCUCUCAUACAAACUGGAUUUUCUCAUUCCUUUGUCCAAGGUGGAUGAGAACAUGAAAGUUGCUCAGAAACGGGAUGCUGUGCGGCAGGGCAUGUUUUAUUUUAGAAAAGAUAUUUGUAAAGGUGGCAAUGCUGUAAUGGAUGGAUGUAGCCCGGCUCAAAAUGGUACAGAAACAGUUGGCGAAGAAUAUACCUUAAUGAGCAUAGAUACAAUAAUCAAUGGAAAGGAAGGAGUAUUUCCUGGAUUAAUCCCAAUUUUAAAUUCUUACCUUGAAAAUAUGGAAGUUGAUGUGGAUACAAGGUGCAGCAUUUUGAACUACCUGAAACUAAUAAAAAAAAGAGCAUCAGGAGAGUUAAUGACAGCUGCCCGUUGGAUGCGAGAAUUCGUUGCAAACCAUCCCAAAUACAAACAUGAUAGUGUGAUCACGGAAGAGAUGAAUUACAGCCUCCUCUGGAAAUGCAACCAGAUUGCCGAAGAACAAGUCGAAUGCCCAGAGCUGCUGGGAAUGGGUUUAAACAAAGUAAAAUAUAGUGGAAGCAAACCUGGUACCUUUUGAUGAAAGGGCAUUACUGAGUGAGUGAAAUGUAAAGCAUUCUCUGCCACCUACAUGACUGAUGAACGCCUGCAGUUUCAUAGUGUGAAAACUAAAAAUGGUGCUGCUGCACUAUAAAAUGGGCCAACCUGCCUAAAUGUUCUCUUUAAGACUUCCUUCAAUAGGCAUAUUCUUAUAUUUAAGGUUUGUACUGUGUAUGUGUAAAUAAUAAAAUAUUUUUGAUUUCACAUCAAUGUAUUUUAAUAACAUGAUACUGAAAGUCAUUGUGAACCAGCUUAGAAACUUUUAUAUGCAUAUUCUGGACAAAUUCUCUUUAUCAAGCAACUUUGUAAAUGUACUAUAUUGAUACUUGUAUAUUAUGAGCAUUCCAGGCAUUGAAUGUUUACUCUGACUUUUGUUAUUUGGAGUGCACUUGAAUAAUCUACUGUAUUUUAGAAAGUUCAGAGCCUUAUCCAUAUCUUUCCUCUCGUUCUGCUUUGAGAAGAUGAAUCAGUCCUGGUCCUGCUAACAUGAAUGGCAGAAUCCUCCCAUGUUAUUGGAACCAGAUUUGCAGUCAAGUAACCCAGUUUAUAAACCUGGACUUAAAUAGAUGCUAUCCCCAUUGUAGUCAGUGGACUGUAAUAAAUCCAAACUAAUUUGAGGUAUAAAUCUGUACAUUCUUCAUUUUUGCCAUUGCCCCCAGUCUUUGCCACCUAUAGACCUAAUGCUGUGUAUGCUCUUGAUUCCAAAUAGCUAAAGUUUCUAUGAAAUGCUCCAUCAGAAACAGCAUGUUAGGUUCCUGAAGAAGUACAUUCUUGAUUGGUCAGAAUUGAAGUACUUUGCUUUUACUCUUGAGCAAGCUUCUUGUCCUUCCCCCCUUUUUUAUUUUUCAAAAUUAUGUCCCGGAUGAAGUGUCCCCACCCUCCUGAUUUCUCCUUUUUCCUGUAAGGUGUAUCUUUUCUAGUAUAUAACAAUUGUCUCAAGACAAAUCAUGAUAUGCACUAAUACUUCUCUGGAUCAGGCAUCUGAAGUGUAAAGAAGUUGUACAGCCAGUUGCUGUGAUUGUACAUAUACUUAGAAUUUAGAUAAGAUGAAAGGCUUUUUGUUACUAGCUGCCUAAAAUAAAGAGUACCAUAAGCCAAUUUUACCAUAUGAUAAGAUAUGGAAUACUUAAUAUAAUAUAAUAAGGUGUAAUGGAUUACCAGAAACCAGUUGGGAAAUGGCAGUAAAACUGCCUGGAGAAAAAGAGUGGAGCUUGUUUAUUAGGGAAUGCUCACUUCUAGUUGCAAAUGAGAUAGCAAAACAAUUUGCAAUAUAUUGUGAAUGUCUGAGUGUACAGUUAAUUCAGAUAUAUUUUCUUCAAAAGCUAAACGCUAAAUAAAGUUUUACAAUAUUUGAAACAAA